UAUAAUUACUGACAUUUACCAACAAGUAUACAGUCGUCAUAAGGACGUCAUCUACAUAACUCUUGACAAUUAUAUACACCCAUCCUCCUGUCGUCUGCUUAAAGGCUGAUUUGAGCUAUCGCGCGUAUAGAAUAAGUGGGCGGAGUUGUUCACGAAUAUUUCGGAACUAUGCUAGCCUGUAUAAGGUAGCUCUGUGCGGUUGAUGUCAAGUGUUUAGUGCUUCGAUAUGGAAGAACUGCCGUUGCCGCUGCGUGCUCUCUGUGUUGUUUCGUUGUGAUAGUUGUUGAUCGUGUACUGUUGUGUUUUGUUGAUGGUGUGUGGGUUGUCUAUCCGUGUAUACAGUGAGUGGAGGGCGGUACAGCGGCAGGCGUUCUAUUUGUGUGUGUGUGUGUAUGUAUGCCCUUGUAGGUGAUACAGUCACCAUUCGUGUUUUCAGCACAGCAACGCACAUUGUGGCAACAUCGACAACUAACGGCCACCGCCGUCGCCGCCGCCGCCGCUACCAGCCUUCCGGUCCCGUCCGUCUGUGUGUCUGUUUAUUUGGGACCGUCGGUCGUUGAGGCUUUUUGCCAAGGGAGUGCCUUGCAGGCUCCAGGAAACAUGUCGAGGUGACGGAGAAUUCGAACACACAGGACUCCGAAACAGAACUAUAAAUGUGCAAGAGAAAAAAACAAAAUAUUCAAGACCAACGGAGUGUUUUUGUCCAGAAAGUAUAUAUGUUAAUUGAUUUGUAGAUUGUUGUUAUAUUUGUGUGGUGCUGUUGUUUUUCUACAGCUGCUUCUGUUGUGCCGAGUCGUUCGUUAGUGAGUGUUUAUGGUACAUGUUGCUUGGAGACAUUGACCACCGAAGCGACGUAAGGUUUCAGCUGGCGGUUGACCUGUCUGCGGGCUUCAAACACUUAACGUUACCGGUAUCAACGUUGAUAUUCGCAACCGCGGCAACAGUAGCAGGCAUCGUCGCUUAAGCCAACAAAGUGAAAUGAUGUUGACGUGAUGAACCGAAGAAUUGAUGCUCUGCUCUCAAAGUUUCAGGUGAAAACACAACUGCAAAGUCGACUGAUCUGGACGAUGUCUUGUUGAGAACAUUACUGAGUUUGUAGCAUAAUACAACUACUAACUGGGUCGCUAAAUAGUUCACACCUACCUGACUGAAACAGUUCUUGAAAAAUGUCACCUACAAUAACGAUUUCCAACGUCCUCACCGUGGGUAUUGCCCCUUUACUGCUGCUGUUGACAACGGUAGAGCGUAUCGAGGUGCAAGCACAGGUACCGCAUCCUCCAAUGAUGAUUAAGCAGCCCGACCACGAACAGCUGUUUCAGGUAGCCCAAAGCCAGGACGAAACCGAUAAACCUUUCGUGCUGGAAUGCGAAGCCGAGGGAACACCGGAACCAGAGUACGAAUGGAUAAAAAAUGGUCGGGUGUUUGAUUAUGUCUCUUACGAUAAAAGAAUUAGUAAACAGCCGAAAAGAGGCACGCUCAUUUUCACUAAACCCGACGAUGUUGAUGAAGGGCUUUAUCAGUGCAAAGCUACCAACCAGUAUGGCACUUCAGUUUCCAAUGCGGUUUUCCUCAGGAAGUCCGAACUCAGCAACUUCGCCGACGACAAAACACAGGAGAUAUUCGUAAUGGAAGGAGAGCCGCUUUCGCUAGAUUGUAAACCGCCACAGGGCUAUCCUGCCCCUUCCGUCUUCUGGUUAAUACAGUCGGGCAAUGGAGCGUUGAGAUCAUUCAACAGUUCCAGAAUUACUGCAGAUCCAGAGGGUAAGCUGCACUUUAGUCAGGUGCUCCGCUCGGACUCGCUGGACGACGCGGUGUACACUUGCUCCGCCACUUCGCACUUCCGCAGAGAAUAUAAGAUUGGCAACAAGGUUGUGCUUAAAGUCGAGCCAAAGAGCUCGUCAGGCAAGACCGAGGUGCCACCUGUGCUUCAGUACACCUCAGGACCUCAGCAAGAUCCUCUGCGAGGCAAAAGACACGAACUACAUUGCAUCUUCGGAGGAACUCCUCUUCCUCAAGUUCGUUGGACGAAAAAGGGGACGUCAAGUUUAGACAAUAGUAACCGCGUGGAGAUUACUAACUAUGGUAAAACACUCGUGAUCAAGAAUCCGGACUUCGAAGAUGAAGGUGUCUACGAGUGCACGGCUAGUAACGGAGUGGGACCACCUAAAUCACACUCCAUGAAUGUCAAAAUUAAAGCUGCGCCAUAUUGGGUCAAAGCUCCUGAGAAGAAGGAUGCCGCUGAAGAAGAGACGAUUUCCUUUGAGUGUAACGCAACUGGCGUGCCCGAGCCCAAACUACAGUGGUUCAUCAAUGGUAUGCCUAUAGAAAAGGCACCGCCUAACCCACGCAUGAAACUGCAGGGUAAUUUCCUUACCAUUGAGCAGCUUCAGAAAAAGGAUACGGCCGUAUUUCAGUGUAACGCUUCCAACCCACUUGGCUACGCAUUCAAAGAUUUUUACCUUAACGUGUUGGCGUUACCGCCGAAUAUAAUUGAAGCGCCAGAACAGGUCACCCAAGCUGUGGUAUCCUCCACAGCAAUCCUAAAGUGUCGCGUAUUUGGGGCACCAAAGCCUACCGUGAAAUGGAUUAAAACGAAUUCCAAUUCGCCCGUCGGAGGCCGGGAGCUGACCGGAGGGCGCUACAAGGUCCUCGAUUCUGGAGAUCUUCAGAUCACCGAGGUGCUUGUAACUGAUAAUGGGGAGUACAUUUGUAAAGCUAACAACAAAUUCGGAGAAACAAGCGCGUCUGGGACCUUAGAUGUGAAAGCGAAAACCAUUAUUACUCAGCCACCCGAAAACUACGAGGUAGCAGCUGACAAGAGCGCAGUAUUUCGCUGUAAUGCCCAAGCUGAUAAUACUCUGGAUUUGAAAAUCAAUUGGUUAUUCAACGAUGAACUAAUAGAUUUCGAGCGCGAUCCUCGAAUGAUUCAAGCUAGUGAUAACUCCCUUACGAUCACGCGGACUAUCGAACUCGACUCAGGCGUAUACACGUGUGUUGCGAAGACCGAACUGGACAAGGAUACAGCAGCGGCCACGCUCACCGUCCAAGACGUGCCCAACUCGCCGUCCAUUGUCAAGGUCAGCUGUGAACAGUACACCGCCUUGGUUGAGUGGAAACCCAACGGAGAUCGGCGGGCACCCAUCCUAUCAUAUACGAUUCAAUACAAUACAAGCUUCUCGCCCGACACCUGGGAAGACGCGUUUGCCAAUAUUCCAGCUCCGGAUACACGCUUCAAGGUUUCAAUGUCUCCUUGGGCCAACUAUACGUUUCGUGUGAUCGCACGCAACAAAAUCGGUCCUUCAGCACCAUCUGAGACGUCCAUGAAAUGUACAACAUCCGAGUCUAUUCCACACAAGAACCCUGACAAAGUUGUAGGUCGCGGCACUCAAAAGGAUAACCUCGUUAUUUCAUGGACGCCAAUGCCACGGAUCGAGCACAAUGCCCCGGGCUUCUUUUACCGAGUCAAAUACAAGCGCAAGGAUAUCGAAAACACAGCAGAAGAAACAUCCUGGAUCACCGAGGAUAUCCAUGACUGGAGGCAAGGAAAUAUCGUAAAGUACGGCAUGCCUGUAUUUAAGCCCUACCGAAUCAAAGUGGAAGCGCACAACCGAAAAGGUGCAGCUCACACUCAUGCCGUGGAAGUGAUCGGGUAUUCCGGAGAAGACAAACCGAGUGAAGUGCCUCAGGAAUUCCGUCUCAUACGGGUAGAGGACGCUAAAUCAGCGGAAUUUCGGUGGCGGCCAGUGUCUCCGGAUUCCGUAAAUGGCCAUUUCAAGGGAUACAAGAUUCAAACGUGGACGAACGAAGAGGGCAAGGACAAGAUGCGGGAACUCGUCGUACCAUCUAACCAGACAUAUGCGCUUGCCAGAAUAUUCAAGCCUAACACUAAAAACUACGUACAGGUGCGAGUGUUCAAUGAACAGCAUGAAAGUGAUGAAAGCGAAACAAUCAGUUUUGAAACACCAGAGGGAGUCCCAGGUCCAGUCGCAUCGUUCGACGGCUUUCCCAUGGGAUCCAGCGGUAUUUAUCUUAUGUGGCGAAAACCACUGGAGCCUAACGGCAGAUUGACUGGCUACCAUAUAAGUUACGAAGAAGUUCGUGGCACGACACUCGGCGCCGCGGUUGAGCGAUCGCCAAUUAACGAUCCGCUCGAGACGCGCGCCAAACUAGCCAACCUACGACCUAACACUAAGUAUAGGAUCACAAUCAAGGCCGCCACGCAGAAAGGCAAGGGGGAGCCUUACUUCAUAGAAGUAAGCACCGCUGAUGAUAAUUUCGCAGCAAAGCCCGACGUCCCCGACUUCAUCUGGUCUCUGCAGCCCGAAAAGGACGGGCUUGCUUCUGUGCGAGUGACGUGGCUCCCCAACACAAAUCGGCCUGGAUCCGCCUUUCAAGUGCACUAUCGAUUAAAGGGCAGCAGCGAUCCUUGGGAGCAGACGCAAAAGAACUUCGAAGACGACACACAGAUCGUCAAGGGCCUCCAUCCUGGUCGAUAUUACGAGAUGCGGGUAGUGUCACUAGAUGGCGAUUACAAAACUUACUCAAAAAUCGAGGAGGUUAUUACUAGCGAUGUCGCCAUUCAUCCUGGAUCUCAGGACGAUGUGGCCAACGCUUCGUGGUUUAUCGGAAUGAUGUGCGCCAUCGCUCUGUUGCUCUUGUUGCUUAUGAUCGUUUGUUUAGUUAAACGAAAUCGUGGCGGCAAGUACUCCGUCCACGAGAAGGAGCUUACCCGGGGUCGUGACCUCGACGGCUUCCCCGAGGAGGGAGGUUUCAACGAGUAUUCUAAACCAGUGGGCCCUUGUAGGGCAGGCUCCCGGACGUCGCUACAGUCGAGCCGCGGUGGUGGUUCUGAAAGCGACUCAUUGGCUGAGUACGGAGACGGUGAAGCUGGGGAGUUUGGUGAAGAUGGUUCUUUCAUAGGCCAGUACGGUGUUAAGAAGGGCCGCAAAUUCACGAAGGCCCAGCUGCCGCCCGCGCAUGAUCCUAACGCGCCUUCAGCGCUCGCCACCUUUGUUUAAGAUGGUUGACUAUGAACGCCGGCGAGUCGAACUACCAGUGCAUGGGAGGAAAAGACGUGCGGCCUUACAACCACAUGAUUGCCGAUGAUCCGAUCCUCGCCCAAACUGCUUGAAUGUAAUAAGUAAGACAUCAAAACAAGUAACGAUGUAUCGCAAGUCCGGAUUUCGAUAAGCAACUAGAUAUUAACCCCAUCUCACCUAACGCAUGACCAAUCCAUGCUUAUCGCAUAGUUCUAUUAUAAAUUGAUAUGGUGAAAUGUGAAGAUAGCAACAACAGCGACUGUACGACAGCUACAAGAGGGAGCGCAAGAAAACAUUAUGAAGCAGCAGAAGAAGAAAGUCCGAACGAAUGAAUGAAUGAAAUAAUUGAAAAAUGAAGAGGCUUUAGGUGCUUUGAUGAGGAACGUGAGCUAUCACUACUCAAGUGAAACAGACAUAACAUGGGCUGCAGGAAGAAAACCACAGCGUAAUCGAUGGACAGUGAUGGAGGCAAAUUUAGGAACAGUUAUGUAGACAACGAUGAAAACACGGACCGAACCUGAAAAUGAAUGGAUUCCCUCACUGCCACAACCCGUGUUGAGACGGAAGAUGACGGAAUAGUCCUGAUGAUGUCUACAAACGACCGUAACAAUGACGAAACACAGAUAUAAUAUAAUAAUAAUUACUAUAACUAUUUUUAUCACUAUUGCAUAAUGAGAAGAUCGGAUUUGGGUGAACCGACGCAGAACGAAGAAAGAAACGAAAACUGAAUGGAAGAGAGAAGCUGUUUAAGGUUUGAGAUAUUCUAUAUAAUUGCCGGUAUUGUGUGUACUGUUUAAAAAUCCGGCCGCACUUGAAGUCGACUAUUUAAUAAUAUAUAUAUAUAUAUAUAUAUAUAUAUAUAUAUAUAUAUAUACAUAUAAGUUCUUGUCACGGUGAUUUGUGUAUUCUAUAAGGAAAUGAAAAAGGUUCAAACGUUUUAAAAGCGUCUAAACGAGACAUCUUCGCAAAUAAUGAAAUAUGCCAAACUAACCCCUUGAAAAAAGAACUACGUUUUCAGAUGCGAGCGGACAUAGCGGUACUUACUAUAAUAGCUUCUAGAAUUAAAGAAAAUUUCUAUUUUGCUUGCGUUCAUUUGUGAAUGUCCCAAAGCAGCAGUAACCAAGUGUACAGCAUCUGUCGCAAACGAUGACGAAUAUACCUUGGUGAAGCAAAAGCACUGUGGAACGAGACAGCCACUUGACCACUCGAAGGAAAACGCAUAGUAACAAGAAUAAUAGGAACAGGAAAAAAGUACCCGUAAUAAUUUGAAGGCAAAAUGGACUAAUUAUAAUAUGCGGUAGUGGUAAAGUACUGACGACUAUAUAGGACCACCAAGUUUCAAACGGCAGCAAUAGAGGAUAUAUAUAUAUAUACAUAUGGAGGUUUUGAUAGAAACGUUUGAUGAACAUAACCUACGAUGACUCAACCCGAGUGAAAAACACAACGCAGCAGUAGAUGAAAGCACCGUGAACAAUGGCAGAAGCAUUGCCCUAACUAAGCAGCAGAACACGUGUAAUUAUGAGCGUCUAUGAUCCAAUGGAUAUGCGAGAGCUGUAUGAAAACAUUCAUGAUUUUGAGACGUCGCUUGUCAGCUUGCGAUGACGACCUUUAAUGAUCAAUAACGUCUAAAGAUAUCUGCGACCGGUCGCAGGUGUUACCACUACAGAUUGUACACACUGACACUGUCCACAGUAUCUACCCCAUCUUUACAUAAUAAGUGCGUCUCAUCUUGGUUUAUUAUUAUUAAUAGAAUACCUGCCCAAUAACUCGGUGUGAGGAAAAACAGUGAACUAGAUAUACAUCAAUCCCUAGCGAACGUAGGCUACUGUUUUAUAAUUUAUACAGUAUUUAUUAUACGAAUGACCUUGUUAAUUUAAUUUUUUUCGAUUAUACCUACUUUAUAUUGCCACGCAUUAAGUGGUUCGGUGGGCGCACGUACAUUCCAGAAUCCACGAGACAGGUAUCAAACGUGCAUGAUGGUACCGUUGUCUCCGUGAAACCUUGAACGAAAAUUCGUUCCAUGUUUUUAUUUAUAUACGCGUCAUCCUUAUAUUGGCGUAGAAUCUCAACAAAAUUUCUUUUCUUGAGGUAAAAAUCUCAUUUUCAGUGGAAGUCACUAAAAGUGGCCUUCAGAAGUUCACUCAACGGCUUAUGGUGCCGCUGUUCGUUUCGACGCCAUCGAAAGGAAGCCACAGCUGACGCAAAAGAUCUUUGCUAAUUGCGGAUGUUUGUACAUCUAUUGUUUCCUUUAUUUUGAUACAAAAAUACUUUGCAAAAAAGGCAAAGACAACUAUAUAUAUAUAUAUAUAU